AUGAAGUGGAAGGGAUACAACAUAGACUAUAACGAUUUAAAGAAACAAAUCAGACUUUUAACCCACUCAUCAUCAACAGACUUACGUCCACUAGAAGCUUCCUUCAUUGAAAACUUUGAUCAUGUCACGCUCUUUAUCAAGACAAAAUACGGUGAACUUAAUCAAUCAUGUUCCAAAGCAGCCAUCGCAACAGCCAGAACAAGCCUCCAUGAAGUGUUUUAUCACGUGGUUGAAUUGUCCAUCGUACUAAAGAACUUAUCAAAAUUCAUUCUCAUCCAAAAGAUAGCGUGCAAGAAGAUCUUCAAGAAACUCCUUAAAUACUAUCCUGAUCGGGAAAAGUCAAAGCACUUGAUAAACCAGUUACGAUUGUAUUUGCAUCUGGAUCCAACGUCUUUUGUCAACUUCAAUUUAAGUCCCUUAACGUUGGACUUGACAUCGUUAUUUGAAGAUAUCAAACUUGUCCAUCGAGGUUUAGAUAACCCAUCUGCCAUGCCCAUACAACAACACAUACAAACUGACAAUAAUAGACCGCCUUCUCCCUUACUUCUACAUUCAAGCAUCAGAAAAAAGCACUCUGUAACUGACUCAUUGGCUACUAACGACACAGUGUCUCUACAUAAUGGCAAGUCCAACUUGGUUCACAACUCAUCGUUUGCUGACUUGGCCAAAUUGAAGAAUAGUAACUCUAGCGUGGUGUUUGACGUCAAGUCUUUACUUAAAAAGAACUUUAACUUGUCAUUUCUUAUAGCAGAUGAUCCCAACACUCUCAACGAAGCAUUACUCACGCUCAAUGUGUAUCUGAACUUGGAGAUACUUGACCAAAACAACUUAAUCUCCAUCAUAUACCUUCAAUCCCCGAAAUUUGAUCAUAAAUGUCCCUCCUUAAUUAUUACUCAACCAAACCAAUCGCAUCUGGCCAUUAUCUGUUAUUCCGGAGGUCUUCGUCAAUUCUCCUACUGUUUCCUCCCCAAUGAUUUUGUUCAAGAGUUCUUAACUGACCCCACCGUCUUGGAAACCAUCCCACCACAGUUCCAGUCGAAUGGUAGAAUCGUCCAGACCCUAAAUUGCUUGCGAUACAAUGAGUUCACUCCAAAGUUGAAGAUUGUCAGCAAGAGAUCUCGUUUUAUAUUCCAUGAAGGUGAUUUCGAAGAAGGUGUACUGCAGAGUCAAACUUCUCCAACCGGUGGUGCUCCUGGAACAGGAGCUGGAACAAUAAGUAAUAGUGGCGAUAACCCCAUAUAUCCGUCAAAUACUAGCACUGCAUCAUUUGCUAAGUUUGAAGAUGAUUAUCUCUUCACUUUAGACUACAACAUCUACACCACCAGUUCACCAACGUUAGUAAAACUGUUGGAUUUGAAUCAAUAUGAUGUUCAAAUGGAUCGGUUCCCCUUUGCUACACUUUCAGCAACAUCCAAUGAUUCCAGCUUGUUCAACUUUAUAUCCAAUUUAAAGACCAGCAUAGCUGUCACAGAUCAAAAUGAAGCGAGAAUUCUACACAACAAAUACACAUCUCCUUCACUCCGUCGUCUUCCAGAGCCUCUAAAGCGGAUCAUUCAACAAGAGUCGACUUUCAACAUGUAUAAGGACUUGAACUUGUAUGAUUAUAUGCUUUCAUGCUACUGUAACGUCAUACCUCAGUUUGAAGAAAAUCACUAUGCCAAUUUGCUUUACUUGAACUUACUCAAGAAACUCGAAGAGGUUAGCGGAGGAGGAGAGUCCAAUGCUGUUGAUGGAGAGGACAAACAACAAUUGCUUCGAAGAGUGGGGAGUACUAUAGGCAUGGAGAAUUGGAAAUUCGGUGGAGGUGGAGGAGGCGGAUUUGGAGCCGGUUGGGGAAAGCAUGGACCUAGUUUCAAUGGUGGAGGCGGAGGAGGUGUUGAUGGGGAGCUCGGUAAUAUUGGAGGUGGCGCUGGAGGCGGAGGAGGGGGUGGAUAUGAUAGAGGAAGAUUUGAUGGGGGAGGGGGUGGCGGGGGAGGAAUACACGAUAACUCCCCCACUACUCAUAGUUCCACUCCACAUAGUUCAAAAUCAGUAUUCACAGACCCUCAUCACCGAGCUAUGAUCUCACGAUCUCACAAUGAUUAUAAUGGUGAUGGUGAUUAUAAUGAUGAAGGAGAAGGAGAAGAAGAUGAUGGUUUUAUGAUGUUUGACUCCGUUGAUGAUGACAACAUUUCAUUAUUUAUUCGACCUCAGAAACGAUCACCUUUUAAUGACUACUUUUCCAAUCAAAUUGUUCAUGAAGAUGAUGAUCAUCAUGACCGGUCAAUGUUUGGAUGGUUUAGUAAUAAGUUCCACAAGUUGCGAUAUUGGGUUCGAGGAGAACGUGGUUUUGACGAAGAAGAAGAAUUCAAUGAUAUAUAUGGACAAUUUCUUGGACAUGAAUCAUUUGGGAACUACUACUACUAUAACAAUAAUAGAGAAAAAUGCGUCACUCAAACAGAAGCCAUUGCCUAUGUUAUCAAUAAGGCUGGUGGGUCAUCUGUGUUUGCCACACAACCUGCUAAAACAGUGGAAUCUGCCUUUAAGCCACUUGUAGACGUUCAGUCUUUAUUGGCAGCCAAUGAUCCGUAUGCUGUUGUUAUCAACACUCUUGAACAACAACCAGAACAUCGUGAAAUUGUUACUGUUGCUACUGAUGGUAUAACCUUAUUAAAGAACUUGCCUUAUUUAUCUUUGUCAACUUUCCAAACCAAUCCUGUGGUUUCCCAUGUUGAAUUGAACACCUUUGACUUUAGCAUUGUCACUGCUUUGAGAGACUUGUCUUUCCCUAUCUUGGUGUCUCAAACUGUUGCUGAGAGUGCCAAGUUUGCUAACGUUGGGUAUAAGUUGGCUUCCUUGUUGAACAAGCCAGUAUUUCAUUUCUACGUCCCUGCCAAACCAGAAUCCAUCACCCUCUCUAAGAUCGUUGUUGGUGGUGCCGAUGAACCCUCUUCUGUUGACAUCACAUCUGUUCCAGAGUUGUUAAACCAUUACAAGGUGACACCUUUUGAAGUGGUGCAAAAGGUGCCCUCUCCAAAGGACGCUUUCUUGUAUUUUGGUCAAGUCACCGAGGAAUUGGCUAAGGCUGCUGCUUCUGCUAAAGUGUUAUUGAUCUCCAUCAAGUUGUACAAGCCAUUUGAUUUGGCUUCCUUCUUGAAGUUGAUUCCCAAUUCCGUGGAGACUUUGACUUUGAUUGAACAAUCUCUUGUGGCCACUAAUCAAGGUACUAAUGCCGUGUGUCCAUUGGCCUUGGAUUUCUUCUCUGAAUAUCCUCAAUACCAAUCAUUGAAGAACUUCUCCAAGAUCAUCACUGCCACUAUUGGCUAUAUCUCUACUGGGAAAUAUUCCGAAGCCAUAGCCAACAUUUUAGCCAAUACUAGAUCGGAAUCACCUAUUCAAAGCUUAUCAUUUGGAAAGUUGGACACUGAAUUAUCAACCAAAUCUUCCAUCAAGAGAACCCAAGAGCUGUUGGAAGCUAUUGAAAAUGCCGUCAAAUCUGAAUCUGCUUACUUGAAGCUCUUACAACAAGUUAAUUCCAAUUCAGAAUCUUUAAGAAUCUUAAACCAAUUCAACCAAGAUUCAAUUGGUGUUGAAACCAACCCAGAAUUUGGUUUUGGUGCUUUCUUGUAUGAUGACGAACAACAACGUAGACUAAUUGAUUUGGUUUACAAUGCUGUUAAGGAAAACAAGUUCCAACUGCCCCAUAACUCUGAAUUAUUGGAAUUAUUAUCUAAAUGGUUGGUUCAAGUUAAGGAUUCAUCAUCUACAUCUUCCAUAAGUGCUGAUGAUGUUGCUAAGAUCAUUGAAUAUUUGGGCACUGAUUCUUCAGAGUCUGGAAAACAAAUUGCUUCCUUAGCCAACUACUUUUCCACUAAGAAUAACUGGUUAAUUGGUUCUGAUGCCUGGUCUUAUGAUUUGGGUUCUUCUGGUGUUCACAAUGUGAUAACAUCAGGUAAGAACGUGAACAUGUUAAUAAUAGACUCUGAACCUUAUGAAGAAAAGACCCAAUCUGAAAAGAAGGUCAACGGAUUCAGAAAGAAGGACGUUGGCUUAUAUGCCAUGAACUAUGGGAAUACUUAUGUUGCUUCUGUUGCAGUCUAUUCAUCAUAUACUCAGGUGUUACAAGCAUUCAUUGAAGCUGAGAAGUUCAAUGGUCCAUCAAUUGUUUUGGCAUAUUUACCAUACCAUAGUGAAAAUGAUAACACUUUGUCUAUUUUAAAGGAAACCAAGAAAGCUGUUGACUCUGGUCAUUGGCCCUUAUACAGAUACGAUCCAUUUUUGGAAAACGAAAAGGAUGCUUUCAAAUUGGACUCUUCAAGUUUGAGAAAGGGGUUGAAGGAUUUCUUAGAUAGAGAAAAUAAGUUGACUUUAUUGGCUUCUAGAAACCCUGAAUUAUCAAGAAACUUGACAGCAUUAACUGCCAAUGCUGAAACAAAGGCCAGACAAGCUAAAGUUGCUGAUGAUUCUUUCCACAAAUUAUUGCAAGGAUUAUCAGGACCUCCACUUACUAUUGCAUUUGCAUCAGAUGGGGGAAAUGCCGAAGCCCUAGGUAAAAAGAUCCAUAGACAAGCAUUGGCUAGAGGUUUAAAGGCUACUAUAUUAGCUAUGGACGAUCUUUCAGUUGAAGAUUUGCCUAAUGAAACUAAUGUUGUGUUUGUCAGUUCCACAUCCGGUCAAGGUGAGUUCCCAACUAAUGGUAAGCAAUUCUGGGAUGGUAUUAAAGGAGCUAAUGAUUUGGAUUUAUCUGCCAUUAAGUAUUCUGUGUUUGGUUUAGGUGAUUCUCAAUAUUGGCCCAGAAAGGAAGACAAACACUACUACAAUAAACCAGCUAAGGACUUAGAUGCUAAGUUGAAGUUAUAUGGUGGUGUUGAAUUGGCUGAAAUUGGGUUAGGAGAUGAUCAAGACGCCGAUGGAUUUAGCACUGGAUUCAAUGAAUGGAUUCCCAAAAUUUGGAAAGCUUUGGGUGUUGAUAAUGUUGAUGGUAUUGAAGAACCAAAGCCUUUGACCAACGAAGACAUGAAGAUUGGUUCUGACUAUUUAAGAGGUACCAUUGUUGAAGGAUUGAAUGACCAAUCUACCGGUGCAAUCUGUGCUGUAGAUCAACAAUUGACCAAGUUCCAUGGUAUUUACAUGCAAGAUGACCGUGAUAUUAGGGAUGAAAGAAAGGCUCAAGGUAAGGAACCAGCCUAUGCUUUCAUGGUUAGAGUAAGAUUACCUGGUGGAGCUGCUACUCCUCAACAAUAUUUAAAGAUGGACGAAUUAGCUGAUACCAGAGGUAAUGGUACUUUGAAGUUAACCACCAGAGCCACUUUCCAAUUACAUGGUGUGGUCAAACAUGAUUUGAAACCAGCCAUUAGAGGUAUGAACUCUGCGUUAAUGGAUACUUUGGCAGCCUGUGGUGAUGUUAACAGAAACGUCAUGGUUUCUGCCUUACCAUCUAAUGCCAAGGUUCACAGUCAAGUUGCUGAAACUGGUACUUUGAUUUCUGAACACUUGUUGCCUAAUACUACCGCCUAUCACGAGAUUUGGUUGGAAGGUGAAGAUGAAGGUGAUAAGCCUGGUGAUAGAGAAGUUUGGGAAAACCGAAAGGAAGGUCCGACCAAGAAGAAGACUUUAGUUGCAGGUAAUGCCUUAACUGAUGUUGAACCAAUGUAUGGUCCCACAUAUUUACCUAGAAAGUUCAAGAUUGUUAUUACUGUUCCUCCAUACAAUGAUGUUGAUGUUUGGGCCCAUGAUAUUGGGUUAAUUGCUAUUGUUGAUGAACAAGAUAAUGUCACUGGUUACAAUUUAAUGGCCGGUGGUGGUAUGGGAUCCACUCACAAUAAUAAGAAGACAUACCCCAGAACCGGGUCUAUGUUUGGAUAUGUUUCUGCUGAAAAGGUUCAUCUUGCUUGUGAGAAGGUAAUGCUUGUUCAAAGAGACUUUGGUGAUAGAACCAACAGAAAGCAUGCCAGAUUGAAGUAUACCAUUGAUGAUUUAGGAGUGGAAGUUUUCAAGCAAAAAGUUGAAGAACUAUUGGGCUUUAAAUUUGAAGAAGCCAGACCUUAUCAAAUCGACUCCAAUGUUGAUUAUUUCGGAUGGUGUAGGGAUGAACUUGGAUUCAACCAUUUCACAUGUUUCAUUGAAAACGGUAGAGUUGAAGAUACACCUGAAUUACCUCAAAAGACCGGGCUAAGAGAAAUAGCCAACUACUUAAUUGGUAAAUCUGGGGAGUUUAGAUUAACAGGGAAUCAACAUCUUGUGAUCUCCAACAUCAGUGAUUAUGAUAUUGAACAUGUUAAGCAUUUGUUGGCCAUGUACAAGUUGGAUAACACUGAUUUUUCAGCCUUGAGAUUAUCAUCAGCAGCUUGUGUUUCGUUGCCCACUUGUGGAUUAGCCAUGGCCGAAUCCGAAAGAUAUUUGCCCAAAUUAAUCACCAAAUUAGAAGAAGCAAUUGAAGAAUAUGGAUUGAGACAUGACUCCAUAGUCAUGAGAAUGACCGGGUGUCCUAAUGGAUGUGCCAGACCAUGGUUAGCUGAAAUUGCUUUGGUUGGUAAGGCACCAGGAGCUUAUAAUUUAUUGUUAGGAGGUGGACAUUAUGGUCAAAGAUUGAAUAAGAUCUACCGUUAUUCCAUAAAGGAAGACGAAAUCUUGGAUAUCUUGAAACCUAUGAUCAAGAGAUGGGGGUUGGAAAGAAACCAUGAGGAGCCAUUUGGUGAUUGGGUCAUUAGAGCUGGGUAUAUCAAGCCUACAACUGAAGGUAAGUAUUUCCAUGAAGAUAUUCCUGAAGAUGCUUAA